AUGAUUUUGUCUAUUGUUCAUCAAGACUCUAUUCCACUUUAUACAGCUAUAUUAAGUGUGAAAUACAAGAAGUCCGGAUAUCCUUUAGUAAAAAUAACAGUAGACCAAAAUUCAUUUGCUUUUUAUGCUUUAUUUGCUGAAAUGGAUGAAACAAUGAUAGUUUUGAAUCCAUCCACAGUUGGAGAAUCACCAAAUGCAGAAAUUAAAUUCAUAGAUCUCGAUGAACUAAAGCCAAUUCCUGAAAUUAGAUUAAAUCCAAAAUAUAAAUCUUCAAUGCUUGGAUUACCAGUCAUUCCAAAUUCAUACACAUUCUUUUCAUAUCACAACAGACUCAAAUAUAUCAAAAUGCCUUGUGAACAACCAGGAUUUAUUAGUUCUUCAACAGUUUUUGCAAAAAUACCAUCAAUUGAGUUAAACCAAUUGCAAUCUAUACCAACUGAACCACAAAUUUCCUCACGUAUUGUCAAAAUGAUACAAAAUAGAUUUACAAUUAAGAGCAAAACCGCAUUAGUCGUUGGUGGACCAGGCUGUGGAAAGACAACAUUCCUAAAAUACUUAAUCAAGAAUGUUAAGCAAGUUAAACAGCUUGAUUUAGUUUUAUUUUCAUCACAAUUAGAAUUUGAUUCAUCUGAGCAUAUUGACGACAUAUUUUCACUCGAGGAUGGUGUCAUUGUCAUUGACGAUAUCGAUAUAUUAAACGCUCAUCCCCGCGCAACGUCAAAUGUUGUAGAAAAAAUUCAAAAAUCUCAAAACAAGCCAAUCGUCAUUAUUGCUACAUCCAGAAGUUCUCCAUAUGCUUUACAAUCAGAAUUAGCAUCUGUUUUUGAGACAUCUGUCACUUUUGGUGCAUUAUCUUAUCAUGAGAGAUUAAAUUCACUCCAAAACGUUAAUCUCUCUGACAAACAGAAGGAGUUCAUUGCCAAAGAAACAGCAGGCUCAAGCAGAGGCGAAUUCAACACUGCUGUCCGAGUAAUUUCGAAUUCAGAUUUUUCAGAAGAAAAAUUCAUCAAUUUGAUGCGAACAAUAGCCACCAGCGAGAAGCCAAUGAUGCUCAGACAAUCAUCAUCAGAAGUCCCUUUAGUCUGCGGAUACAAAACAGAACAAAAAGAAAUAAAAUUAAUUUUAGAUGUCACUUUUAAUGGUGAUGAAAACAAGCAUCGGAUGCUUCAGUACAACGGUAUAUUGUUACAUGGUCCUUCAGGUAACGGAAAGUCCCUAAUUGUGAAGAAGAUGGCCGCUGAGUUCGAAGUUCCCUUUUUUGUUGUAGAAUUCGACAAAAUUUUCUCGAAAUACUUAGGAGACAGUGAAAAAGCCAUCAGAGAUGUUUUCUCUGCAGCCAGAUUCUUCGCACCAAGUGUUGUAGUGAUAGAAGACAUAGAUGCACUCGGCGGAAAGCGAUCAGAUGAAAGCGGAGUUGGCGGAAGAGUUUUGUCGGCUUUGUUGAAUGAAAUUGAUGGUGUUUCUGCUAAAUCUAAGGUCGUAGUCAUUGCUACAACUAACGCCUUGAAUUUGGUGGAUUCGGCUCUGACAAGACCUGGAAGAUUCGACAGAUUGAUCGAAAUUCCAAACCCAUCAGAAGAUGAUAGAAUUGAGAUGUUUACAACUCUCAAAAAUAAAACUCCUGUUAAAGAGGAUGUAGACAUUGUUUCUCUUGCUAAAUCAUGCAAUGGAAUGACAUGUAGUGAGAUACAGUCAUUCUUUAGGUUUGCAGCUCUUAAGGCACUGAGAGAAGGACAAUCUGAAGUUUCUACGCCUUAUUUCGAAGAAGGAAAGAAGAGAGUCGAAGAAAGAAGAGUUGCUUUGAAGAAUGUUAAGAAAUAUUUAUAA